AUGUCUAUUUGCUUAAGUGCUCAGAUUAAAAUUAUUUCCUUUUUAGCAGCUCUUGGUAGGAUCAGUUGCCUUGCAACUGACAAAAUUCGUGAAGUAGCCUUAUCUAACGAAUCCAAUAAUAAGCCCUCACCUAAGAAAUCAGCUGAACCUUUGAUUGAAGUUGGUAAUUUAAUCCCCACUGUUGAUGAGCAAACAAGUGUGCCACAGGAAACUUGUUCUAGCUCUAUUAGUAAUAUUAGUCAACUCAAAGACAAAGAAAACUGUGAACCGAGAUCAAAAACAUCUGGAUAUUGUCACUAUUUUGGGAACAGAAAUGAUUGCGGGAAGAGACAGAGUUCAUCACCCCAUGGGUACUUUCCAUCUGGUACAUCAAAAAAAGCAAAUAAUUCUUCUUUACUUCCAAAUAGUGUUCAGUUAUAUGACACAUUUUCUCCAAAAUCAUUUUCUACACCAGUAGCAAGUCCCGCAAGCCAACUCAAGAAAACCAGUAAGACCAAACUUUUUCCAGAAGCCCACUCUUUGACAAACACUGAUAAUCAAUCAAAGGAGAACAGUGACAAUGGUCUAGCUGAGCCUCUAACUAUGCAUAAACAAGGCACUUUAAAUUUGAGGAAAUCAACGACUGCAAACAAGAAAGCUGUUGAGGUACUAAGAAUUCUUACUAUUUAUAAUUUAGAUUGUUACAUCUAUUUCUCCUUGAGUAUGUCAUCUGAAUUAUUUACAUUUCUCUUACAGGAAACAUUUAGCUCAGAGGAAGAUACUGAAAGCAUCAGUCGUAUGGCUGAAUCUGAUGAAGAGUAUGUUCCUGAUGUGCCUGCCAACUCAAAAAAAAAAAAAGGAAAUAGCACUCCUAUGGCACCUCCAUUUUCUGGUCAAAGUAAUGAAAGCGAAUCACAACAGAGCCCCAAGCAGAACACCAGUGCAAAAGUAAUAGCUACUAAGAAGACAAGCAAUUUAGUAAACAGAAAGGAAAGUGUAACAAGACAACACAAGAAGAAAGCUCUAAGAAAAAGAAAGGUGAAAAAAGGAAGAAAAGAAAAGAAAAACACAUACAUCCAGAAUCAGGAUUCAUUGAAUGCUCUAGAGAGUGAUGUUUCCUCUUUGGAUGGAGAUUUAUCUGAGUACUCAGAGACUGAAGACAUUGUUACUGCUACAUCAAAAAAAAGGCCACAAAAGCAACAUGAUGUAGAAGAUCCUGAUUUCAUAUGGAAUCAGACAGACAUACCAGAGGCUAUAUUGGGUGAAGUUCCACAUGAAAGUCUACCCCUGAAAUUUCCCAUUGAUUAUUUCAAUGCUUUCAUCUCUGAUGAUAUACUGCAAGUAAUAGUGGAUGAAACAAACAAUUAUAGCAAUCAAAGAAAUGAAGGAGAACAACUUCAACUUACUCUUCAAGAACUGAAAGUGUUUUUAGGAAUCUGGAUAUUUAUGGGAAUUUGUAGCUUACCUUCCUAUACUGAUUACUGGUCUGGUAUUACACGAGUCCCAUUUGUAGCAGAAGCUAUGACAAUGUUACGAUUUAAACUUCUUCGAGCUCGUCUCCAUCUUGUUGACAACUCCGCUAUACCUCAAGAUAAUGUGGACCCUCUACUGAAAGUACGGCCACUACUUAAUCAUGUGAGAGCAAAGUGCAAUGCGCUGCCACAAAACACAACAUGCUUCAGCAUUGAUGAGUCGAUGAGCCCCUACAAAGGAACAAAGGCAGGACCGCUUCGGCAGUACAUCAAGGGUAAACCCCACAAGUGGGGAUUCAAAGCUUUUAUGCUCACAAGCAGUUCUGGUAUUGUGUAUGAUUUUCUUGUGUACUGCGGUAGUAAAACAUUUGAGCUGGAAGGUGUUGAAGUGCAUGAGGAUCUCGGUGUUGGUGGAAAUGUUGUUUAUCAUCUGUGUAAAAAAAUUCAGAAACCAAGAAUAAGUGGUGUUUGUUUUGAUAACUAUUUUACUAGUAUUCCUUUGAUAUGUGGGCUUAAGGAUCGACUUGGUUUGGUGUCAAUUGGUACAAUACGGCUGAAUCGAACAAAAGGAUGCCCUCUGCCCAAUGACAAAGAUCUCACGAAGCAAGGUAGAGGAACAUCUGUUGUUCAGAGUACUAUGGAUGGUCAAGUUGCUGUUGUGAAAUGGGUUGACAAUAAAGUGGUAAAAAUUGCUGGGUCCUGGGCUGGUCGAGAUCCACAAGUAGAAGUUUUGAGGUGGGACAAGAAUGCGAAGAAAAAGAUAACUGUUCCCUGUCCCAAACUUGUGCGUAACUACAACAAGUACAUGGGAGGGGUGGAUCUAUUUGACAUGCUGAUGCAUCUAUAUAAACUGCCAGGUCGGGCUAAACGAUGGCCAUUUACUAUGAUGUCAUUCCUUAUUGACCUGUCUCUGGUAAAUGCCUUUCUCCUUCAUCGAGCUGAUUUAAGAGAAGAAGAAGGAGAAGAAGAUUGUGAUGAUGAGGACUCUGACAGUCAAGAGCUUCCAUCAAAGCUAUUUAGAUUGCAAAUUGUUCAGGCACUGGUGAGCCCCCCCAAAAAAGUAGGUAGGACUACAGCUGAAGAAUCAUCCAGGACAGAGGAAGUCCAAGUCCACAUGGAAAAGAGCAAGAUGAAAAGAUUACCCUCUGAUACGCACAGAUUAAAUGGCAAGAACCAUUUAAUUGUCUUUGAGAGAAAAAAGGGGCGCUGCAGCAUGUGCAGAGUUCUUGGCCGAGAUGGCUUCACAUUUGCAAAAUGUUCUGAAUGCAAUGUUAUGUUGUGUGUUUUACAACACAGAAACUGCUUUUAUGAGUUUCACACUACUAAAGUGUGAAGUGUGAUAUUCUCAAAUGUAUUUUGUUGACUUGGGUAAAAAGAGUGUAUUUAUCUUUGUUAUCAUAUAUAUGGUAAAUUUUACUUUUUAUAUUUCUAUAAAAUUGUGGCUGUGUGGUGUAUUAAUUUAUAUUUUCUUUCAGAAUUCACUAUUGUCUUUACGUACCUUUUACUGCUAAGUGUUAUUCCUGCUCAAUUUUUAAUUUUAACUUAAAAUUGUAACUUUUGAGUGUACUAGUGUUCAGGUCAUACGUAUGAAUUUUAUUUUUUUAACUUGUUGAAAUUGUAACUUCUGUUAUGAGAGUACUAUGUGUUCAAGUCCUGCAUGAAUUUUAUUUAUUUAAAUGUUGCUUCUUAGCUUAUUUGUAAUUUGACUUG